AUGCCGCCCCUACGCCAUUCCAUAUCACAGUUAUUCGCGCCGCAUCCAGCUUUUGCACUGAGGAACCCUCCAUCACAAUCACAAGCACAAUCGCUAUAUACGGCUCCUUCUUCAUCUACAAAUAACAACAACGACGAGAUGGUUUCCUCACUACAACCUAAAAGACCUACUACAAGUAUUUUAAGAUUCAUUUAUCCGGUUCCACUGCCACUCCCACUCCCAUCCACAACAUCAGCUCCAACAGCACCUUGCAACUCCCUCCCAUCUGCAUCCCCAUCAUUCUCCACCCUCUCCCACUCCCUCUCCCACUCCCACCCCACCUCCAUUCCCACCUCCAUCCCCCCCCGCUCCCAAAUCGAAGCUUUCCCACCUCCACGUACCGGUACACCUUACCGCGCAUCUCCAACCCCCUCCCUCUCUCCCUCCCUCUCCCUCUCAUACACCCUCGACCCCUCCAAACGCCACCCCGUAUUCUUCACCAAUAAACUGCGCAAAGCACCUACCGGCGUCGAUGCCCAUGAGUAUUCGAAUGAGGUAUGGCGGGCAGGGAGUCCAGUUGCGCGGGGGUACGUGUAUGAGAGUGGUGGUGUUGAGGAGAGGGAGAUGAAGUUGUGA